AUUAUUGAGUACACCGGCUGCGAGCGCAUAUGGUAAUGCAUAGAAUACUGAAGAACUAAUAUUCGAAAAUAAAAAAAAUAUACAAUUGUGCUUGUAAAUGUGACGGACGAGCGUUGCAUGCAUAUGACUUUUCGACGCUGCUCAAUAUCAUCGAUUUUUCAAAUUUUUUCCCGAGCUACACACAACCUGGAGCGCAGUACACGGCAUUACGGAAACGCACAUUGACGAAGGCGCACGCGGAAUUGUGUUUGCAGAAAAAAAAUUUCGAAGUGAAAAGUUAAAAAUUCACAGAGUUAGCUUCCCACUGCUGACCCAAGUGCUACUGGUGGAGCAGUCUACAAAUAAGAAUAAAAUAAAUAAUAAUAAAAAAAAACAGAAAUAACAGUUUACUCGCCCUUCAAAAAUGGCAUUGGAUAAUAUAACGGCGUUCCAGUUUUUCGGCAGUGUCGCCCUCGGGCUUGUGGGCUUCAAAAUUGUCAGCAAAUUGCUACCAUGGGCUUAUGUAAAUAUCAUUGGACCCGCACUAUUGGGACCAAAGUUGAAUAUACGUCGCAUGGGCGGUUGGGCGGUGAUCACUGGUUGUACUGAUGGUAUUGGAAAAGCUUAUGCGAAAGCGCUCGCGAAGCAAGGAUUCAGCUUAGUGUUGAUCAGCCGUACAUUGAGCAAAUUGGAAGAACUAGCGAAGGAAAUCGAAAAUGAGUAUAAAGUAGAAACCAAAAUCAUCGAUGUUGAUUUCCAAAGUGGCGUUGAAAUUUACGAUAAGAUCAAGGCGCGUAUUGAAGGUCUCGACAUUGGCGUGCUCGUGAAUAAUGUCGGUAUUUCUUACCCACACCCAGAGUACUUCCUCGAUUGUUACCAACAAAAUCCGAAAUUCUUGCUCGAUAUCGUUGCGGUGAAUAUACACUCUGUGACGCAUAUGUGCGCCUUGGUUUUGCCCGUGAUGUUGAAUAGAAAGAAAGGCGUAAUCAUUAAUUUAUCGUCGGGAGCCGGAAGUAUACCAAGCGCACUGUUAACCGCAUACAGUGCAACUAAGGCUUUCGUCAUUAAGUUUAGCGAGGAUUUGCAAACGGAAUAUCGCGCUAGUGGUAUCACAGUACAAUGCCUCAAACCGGGCUUUGUUGCAACCAAAAUGAGCAAGAUUAAGAAGGCGAGCUUUAUGAUCCCAACCCCCGACACCUAUGUGGCAUCAGCGCUUCGUAUUUUAGGUUAUACUACGACAACGGCCGCUUAUUUACCGCAUGAAUUCAUACAGAUAGCCUGUGCAGUCAUGAGAUACGCAACGUGUGAACCCUUCGUAUCCAAUUUAUUUUUCAAACACUUAUUGAGUUUGCGCAAGCGAGCUUUAAGUCGUGCGAGCCAAAAGAAAUAGGAAAAGAUAAUGCUUUUUUUAUAAAACUAAUAUAAUUGUUUGCUUUUAAUGUAACCUCUAAAUUCAAUGUGUCAUUUAUCUUAGGAACAAUUAAAUUAAUUUUUUUCCAAUGACGAUAAAUAAAAAUUGCACAAAAUUAUGAAAAUGA